AUGGCAAGAAAGCGAAAGGAUAAUAAAAAAUGGCGUUCUGGACCAUCACGCAAAAAAUCAUACAGAAAAAAGAAAGCCACUCAAAAACCGUCUCAGAUAUGUAGAAGCAAUUCAAAACCAAAUCGUCCAACUAAACCAUCUCAACAAAAUAGAAGAAAAAUUAAUAAGAAAAAAAAACAUUCUUUUGAUCCAUCAAUAAGUCUUGAAACACAAUCAACUGAACAAAUAUUUGAUACACGAAUAAUACAUGAUUUUUUAAGUGAAAGAUAUUUAUCUGAAGUUCGACAAGUAUGGCUUUCUUGCAAAUGUUGUACAUGUGAACAUCCAAAAUGUAACAUGCAAUUAGCAAAAAAAGAACAUGAAAAAUAUCAUGAUUGUGUUGCGAAUGAUAUAAUCUGUCAAUUUUGUUAUGAUUUUAUUCCAAGUGAAAAUAAACCUUUUUGUCCACAUUCUCAUGCUCGAAAUAUGAUAUCAAUUCCUAUGACACCUACAUGUCUAAAACUUGGUUUUCUCGAACAAAGAGCAGUAGCACUAAUGCAUUGUUAUAUGAGUAUUCUCAUUAUUCGUGGUCAUCAAUCAGCAAUGGAAGGCCAAGUUGUACAUUGUCAAGCCGAUAUUACUGAUAACAUAGGCGACCUGUUACCAUUUCCAAAGUGCUAUGAAUUUAUGGCGGUUAUUCAACAAAAACCGCCGAAUGAAAAUAAUGAAAUAAGAUUCACGGUACGAUACUCAGUAAGUGCUAUUCAAAUUAUGAAGGCACUACAAUUUCUAAUUCAAAAUCAUUCUGGAUAUUUAAAUAAACAAGUUCUACCUUUAAAAAAAAUUGAAGAAAUGUUUGAAUGUAGACAAGACGAUGUUGCUCCAAUAAGAGUUAUUGAUUCUUAUGCUUACAAUAAUUGUACAACAUCCGCACCAAUUAUUCUCGGUGCUAAUGAAGAUUUUUUUGGUCCUAUUCGUACUCUGAAAGCAGGUGAAGACCCUAUAUGGAAAAUUCAAUCUGGAAUGGAAGAAUCUACAUUUCCAUGGAUUUAUCCUACAGGUGAAGGAGGAGAACUUGAUACGAAAAGACCUAUUCCACUUACACUUCGCGAUUAUUCUAAAUUACGAUUGAUGUCUGCUGACAAAAGAUGGCAAUCAGAUUCGAUUUGGACAUUUCGGGCUAUGAACUUAAUUCAAAGCGAUGAUCUAUGUAAAGCUGUAAAUUACCAUGUAAAAAAACAAUUCAAAAAAGAUCGCUUAUGUUAUAACAUCUAUCCAUCAAUAGGAAAGGCUGUUUGGGGUACAGCUGCAUUUUGGUAUGCACCUCGAAAAUCUCUACGCGCAAUGUACGCAACCUUGGACAAACCAAAUAUUUUCAUGAGUGCUAAUCUACAAGAUGAUGUGGAAUUUUUAUGCCAUAUUAAUCCAGUGCGAUUUGGACAUAUAGAUAAUUUGAAUUAUGAUGCAAUUGAUAAUUUUUCUGAAGAUGAUUAUUUACAAUUGGUAAAUGAAAACAGCGCACUUGUAGCACGUAUGUGUCAUCGGCGAAUGCUUGCAUUUGAGAAAUUCAUUAGUGAUAAAAAACAUCCUUUCUUCAUUGAUUAUGUCGUUACAAAUUAUUUUUUUAAAAUUGAAUUUCAACGUAGUGGUCUCCCACAUUUACAUACUUUACUUUGGCUUGAUAAUUUUCCUUCUACUGAUACAGCUGCAGGACGUAAAAAGAUUAUUGAAUUCAUUGACGCAUUUCUUGAUACAUCAUUACCAAAUAAAGAAACAGAUCUUGAAGGUUAUCGACUUGUAAAAAAGAAACAAACACACAUUCAUACGUUUACUUGUUCAAAAGGUAGCGUUAAAGUUCGUAUUCGUCGAGCUCGUAAAUUUAAAGAUGAAGAAACAUCAAAGAUUAUCAAAGCAAAUCAUUUAAAGGAUGUUAAUAAAAAUUAUUUAAAUGAAAAUGAAAUAUAUGAACAAGUAGAUCCAGAAAAGGAUCCUGAUCUUUUACAAUUAUUAAGAGAUAGGAAAGAGUUUUUUGAACGAUUAGGAUGUCGUUUUGGAAGUCCUUUUGAUUUGGCUCAUGAAAGUCAUUUUCGCACUUACAAAGAAGCACGUAUGUUAACAAGAGGAGAUCGAGAUAUUAUUAUAAAAAGAUUAACUGAAGAGUCGAGACGAAUAAUUCCGUACAAUCUAAAUUUUUUGAAAACAUUUCGUUGCAAUCAUGAUAUUCAAGUUAUUACAGAUCCGUGGGCAUCAGCAGAAUAUUUAUUUUCUUACGUGGCAAAGGGUGCUCAUAUGGAAAAAAAUUUAGUAUAUCAAAUGUCUAAUUGUACUUGUUCAAGUAUAAUGGAAGCGAAAAGUGUCCUUUUAAAAACAGGAAAUGCUGUGUUAUCUCAUCGUCAAGUUGGUAAAGUUGAAGCAUCAUGGACUGUACUAGGUAUUCCUCUAUAUCAUUCAUUGUUGAGAUGUAAAAGUUUAUAUAUUUCUUUACCGUGUGAUGAAGAAAAAAUAUUGAAACGCGGACGAACAGAAGUAAAUAGUCUCGAUGACUUUGUUCAAUCACUUACAGAUCGAUAUAUAAAACGACCAUCUACUCCAUCUGUCAUUGAUCAAAUAACUUUAUUUGAAUUUUUAACAUGGUUUGAUUAUGACCGAUCCUCUUCUAUAAACUUGCCAGAAAUAUUGGAAGAACCACUUGUUGAAAAUCCUCUUUGGCGUACUGAUUUUAAUCAACCACCACUACUUAAAACAUCAACUUUACUACGUCGAAUAGUUCUAUCAUGUGGCACAAUAUUAAUUCAGCACAAAGAACCUUCUCGUAUUAGUUUUAUGUGUCGUUAUGAUGAUUCUAUGUUAGCCAUCUAUUCAAUUCUUUCAAUUGGUAUAGCAUAUCGAGAUCCAUUUGCAGAAUUUCUUAAUAAUAAACAAGACAAUGAUAUAAAAGAUUUGUAUCAAACUUUAUUAAAAAAUCGAAAUAAAUUAAUUCAACAAUUUUCUACAUUACCUGGUGCUUAUAAAGUACAAAUGCUUAGUGCACUUGAACAUUUAUGUGAUUUAAAUGCUCAUGAUUUUGCCAUCAAACCCAGAACAUCAUUUAUAUUUACAGGAGAUGAUGAAGAUGAUAUAGAGGAUAAUAUCAAUGAAGAUAAUAAAGAAAUCAGUAAUAAUAAUACUAGUAAUUAUAAAAUAGAUUCAAAUCAAAAUGUUAUAAAUGAAUAUAUUAAUGAUGAAGACGAAGAACAUACGCAUUCAAAAAAUGAUAUUCAAAUUAAUUCUCCUUCUACACGAACAGAAGAAUUAUUAACAUCAGCAAAUACACAGCAACGUUUUUUGGCCAAGUUUUUCAGACAAUAUCUUUUAGCAAUUAUGCGCUAUGAAGAAAAUCGACUACGAUUGAAACACGCAUCUAAACCAUUACCUUUUCAUAUAGUAGUGAAUGGUCUAGCCGGUUCUGGAAAAUCUUAUGUCAUCUCUAUUAUUGAACAAAUGCUAACCGAUUUUUGUAUUAGUGAAUCUGCAAUUCGAAAUCGUCCACGACGCAGAAAAGGAUUAUUAAAAAUGGCACAUACUGGAAAAGCUGCUCUAAAUAUACUUGGUUGGACUAUUCACACUGCUUUAGGAAUGCGUCCUGAUAAUACAUCAACACCAAAUAAUGCUCCAUCAUUUAAAAUACAUUCUCUUCGUAACAGACUUGGGGAUUUAAUUUUAAUAAUUAUUAAUGAAAUUUCACUCGUCUCACAUAGCCUUUUUCAAAAAGUUAACAAACGUUUAAAUGAAAUUUUUGAAGUAUCAGAUAAAAGCGGUGUUUAUUUUGGAAAUAUUCCUAUCUUGCUAUCCGGUGAUUUGGCUCAAUGUGAACCAGUUGCUGCCAAACAAAUUUUUUGGCGACCUCCUAGUGAGACGUUCUCUCUUUGGGCUGAUUUAUUUAGACCAAUCAAUUUUAAUAUUAAUAUGCGUCAAGGUGAAGAUAGACAAUUUUUUGAUAUUCUUUCUCAAAUGAGAUUAGAUCGCUUAGCUGAACUUCAAUCAGCUGAAUUUGCCAAUGCUAUAUAUCCGUAUAGCACACGAGCUAAAACAAAUGAGAGAAAUUCAAUUAAAUUAAAAGAAACCGCAACAAAAUUGAAAAACCCAAUAUGGAUUAUACAAGCAGUUGAUAACAUCGGUAUGGCUCGAACAUCAUUUUUUAAUCCUAUUAAAGCAAGCAAGAAAGAUUGUAAAAUUCAAUUAAAACCUUCUAAUGAUGAAAAUGAAUGUGGAUCAAUGUUCGAACAAUUACCAUUAUGUGUUGCUGCUCGUGUUAUUUGUCGUCGUAAUAUUGAUUUUGAUGGUGGAAUGGUAAAUGGAACUGAAGCAAUUGUCAAAGAUAUUAUUUGGGAUAAUAAUGAUAAUAUUAUAUUACCAAUGUCAAACAGAUGUGUAUUCACAAAUCUUGAUCGAGCAAUGGCUACAUCAUUGCCAAAAUAUGUUGAACUCGAACUGGAUAAUGGUACAAUAUACAAAAUGGUUCCAGAAGAAGUAACUUUUAAAAACAAAAAUGGAAUUUUGAUGAUCCGACGACAAUUACCACUUAGUCUUGGUUAUGCUAUAACAAUUCAUCGUUCACAAUGCAUGACUUAUAACAAAUUAGUCGUUGAUCUCACUGGUAGAAACUGGAAACCGGAAUGCAAAUUUGAAAACUCAAAUUUGUGUUCAACAAAAUAUGUGAAAAAUUUAGAAGAUAUUAUUAUCUGUGAAAAACAAGAUCGAAAUUAUUGUGGGCGACAUGUUCUUCGUGGACUAUCUCAACGACUUGAUCUAUUUAGUGAUGAAUAUUUGAAAGAAAUUGCUAAAAAUCUAGCAGCUACUGAGCAAAUAUUUCGACAUGGAGAAUCAGUAGAACUUACAGAUUACUAUUAUGAAAGCAGUGGAGAUUAUGAUAUUCAAAUUCUAAAAGCUGCUCUUAUCAAUACAUUCAACAUUGAAAUUGUACAGAUUCAUACGUUAGAAACAAAUACUACUUCUAUGCAAAGUCUAAUUGUAUUUAAUAUUCAAAAUGUUCAAGCAUUAAUUAUUCAACAAAAUUAUCAUUAUUAUUGUUUACGUCGCUUUCGAUUAACGAAAGAUUAUUUUUUCAAAAUAGAUUCAAAAUAUCCAAUACAACAUGAACCUAUUCAUCGUGAGCAUAUAGUGAACUUUCUUCGUACUAUUUUAGAACAAGGGUCAAACGUUUAUGUGCUUGUACAAUAUGUUUCGGAUCAUAUUAAUGAUCAACUUUCUAUAGAUAACAUUGAAAAAAGACUGUGGACAUUACCAGACGCACCAGCUGAUCUAGAAUGUUUAGUUAAUAUCUACGAUACCCAAUAA